UUAUAGAAUGAAAUCUUUAGGAGAACACGAAAUAAAGUCGGUGUUGAUCACAGGAUGUAAUCGAGGUAUUGGGCUAGGAAUGUUAAAGCACUUCGUAGCUAACUCUAAUGAAGCUACUCAGCUCAUAUCCUGCUCCAGGAAAUCUAGCCCCGAACUGGAGGAACUUGGAAAACGAGACAACGUCCAUCUGUUAACCAUGGACAUCACUGACAAGGAAUCUAUUGUCAAUGCUGUUGCUAAGGCUACCGAAAUAUUGGGAGGUAAAGGACUGAACCUGCUGGUUAACAACGCAGCGAUCACUAGCCCGGAGAUCUUCACAAAGGUGGUGGACACCACGCCCGAGGAACUGAACCAUCUCUACAACAUCGACGUGUCUUGCACCCACCUGGUUACCACCUCUUUCUUCCCUCUCUUAAAGGCAUCUGCCUCAACUAACAGCAGCCUCCCCAUGUGUGCUGCUCGGGGACUUGUUUGUAACUUUUCUUCCAUAACAGCUAGCAUCGAACUAGCCCCACCAUUCGGUUCGGUCAUGGUGUACUCUUAUGCUCUAGCCAAAUGUGCACUGAACAUGAUGACUAAGAUGAGCGCCCACGAGUUCAAACAGGACGGUAUUCUGUGUGUGGCAGUGCACCCUGGCUGGGUUAAAUCUGAUAUGGGGGCUGCGGCUGGAGAGGACUUUGGGACUGGAGACGUCACUAUUGAUGAAGCUGCUCAGCAUAUGAUAGAGAUUAUGCAGGGUUCUACAGAGGAGCAUACUGGGAUGUAUAUGCAGAAAGAUCUGAAGAAACUACCGUUUUAGAGCGGUUUACUAAUGCUGUAAUAUGUCAAUAAUAAUAACUUACAGACUUACUUCCUUAUUUUAGCGUAUAUUAGGUUUAUUGCUAUGACUCUGUCAUGUAUUAUGAUAAAUGAGAUUGUAAUAUUAUGACUUAUGAUAUUAUAAAACUUAUUACAAUAACUUACCCCCU